AUGCCUUAUUGUAGAGCAAUCUUGAUUCCUACAACCAACAAAACCGACCGAGAUGCAUUGCUCCAAUUCAAGGAUAAGAUAUCCGGCGAUCCAUUCGGGGUCUUCAGGACGUGGAAUGACUCUAUCCAUUUUUGCCAGUGGCACGGGAUCACAUGUGGCCGUCGGCAUCCGAGGGUAAUCCAUUUGAUGCUUUCAUCUAUGAAUCUCGUAGGGUCGCUAUCUCCUUUUAUUGGAAACCUUACCUUUCUCCAGAAAUUGUGCAUCAAAAACAACACUUUUGUUGGCGAAAUCCCCCCAGAGAUCGGUAAGUUGUAUAGACUCAAAUACUUAAACCUAGAGAACAACACAUUCUCCGAUCAAAUUCCUGCCAACAUCUCAGGUUGUAUUAAUCUUGAAGCUUUGAGAUUGGGCUAUAAUAUGCUAGUUGGUAAAGUUCCGAUAUCAAUUGCUUCUUUAUCGAAGCUAAUGGUAUUAUGUAUACAUUGGAACAAUCUCUCUGGAAACAUCCCGAAAUUCUUCGGGAACCUCACAUCUCUGGAGGGUAUCUCGGCAUUGUGUAAUGACUUUGUGGGAAGAGUUCCGGCCUCAUUAGGCCGUUUGCAAAAUUUGGAGGAUCUUUAUUUUGGUUUUAAUGGACUCUCUGGCACUCUCCCUUCCUCCAUCUUCAACAUAUCUUCCCUUCAUACCUUUCAUUUUCCCCAAAACCAACUUGAAGGGAGUCUUCCUUCAGAUUUAGGUAUCACUCUUCGUAAUCUUGUUGAGUUAAGUGUCGCGGACAAUCAAUUUACUGGGCCAAUUCCUGCUUCCAUUUCAAAUGCCACUAACUUAAUGAACCUAGUAAUCCCGUUAAAUAAAUUUUCUGGAAACGUGCCUACCAUGGAAAAGCUAAAUCAGCUUAAGAGGAUAAGUACUUCGGCCAACUACCUAGGUAGCGGAGCGCAACUUGACCUGAAAUUCUUUGAAUCGAUCAAUUCUACUAGCCUGGAGCUCCUGGCAAUCGGUGGCAACAAUUUCGAAGGUACUUUGCCUAAAUCCAUAGGCAACUUAUCUUCCCAUUUGAGUGUAAUGUCAUUCGAGAUGAAUCGAUUGUUUGGAAAUAUCCCUCCAAGCAUUGGAAACUUGCGUGGCCUAGAACGGUUGCGCAUAGACAAUAACGACUUCACGGGCAGUAUUCCUAAUACCAUUGGAAAUCUCAUCAAGCUGAAGCGGUUUGGUGCUCAUAUGAAUAAACUCACUGGGAAUAUUCCUUCCACGAUAGGGAACUUGACGGAGCUAAUCGAACUCUCCUUGAAUGGGAACAAUUUACAAGGGAGGAUUCCUUUGAGUAUUGGGAGAUGCCAAAAGUUGUUAGGGAUUGACCUUUCGCAGAAUGAUCUGAGUGGAAUUAUACCAUUUCAAGCUUUCACUAUCUCUUCCCUAUCUAUCUAUUUUGAUAUAUCCAAAAACCAAUUGAGUGGUUCCUUAACAGAAGAAAUCGGUAAAUUGAACAACUUAGCCAUAUUAGAUGUACAUGGCAAUAAACUAUCGGGAAAAAUCCCUAGUAGCCUCGGUAGAUGCACUAGCUUGAUGGAGCUUCACAUGCAAAAUAAUCUAUUUGAAGGGAAUAUCUCAUCAUUCUUGAGUUCCUUGAAUGGUCUUCAAUACAUAGAUCUCUCAAGUAAUAAUUUCUCCGGCCCUGUUCCGAUAUUCUUGGAGAAAUUUCAAUUGCAGUACCUGAAUCUAUCUUUCAACAAUUUUGAGGGUGAGGUACCAAGCAAAGGGGUGUUCUUGAACACGAGCGCGACUUCACUCGAAGGAAACGAUAAGCUCUGUGGCGGUAUGUCAAUCCUAGAUUUGCCAAGUUGCUCGAUGAGCAAGUGGAAACACGGAUCAUCUACCUCUCCUUACGUUAUCAUUGCAGUUACAUGUGGGAUAGUAGCGGCACUGAUUCUCUUGUUGCUGCUGAUGAUGUUUUAUUGGCCGAGGAGGAAGAAAAGUGAGGCUGCUCUAGAGACUCCAUCAAUAGGGGGAUUUCGGCAAGUGUCUUACAAAGACUUAGUCAAAGCAACAGACGGGUUCAGCUCUAGCAAUUUGAUCAGAAUGGGUGGUUUCGGCUCCGUCUAUAAAGGGAACCUAGCAGAUGAAAACAAAAUAGUGGCUGUUAAGGUUUUUAACCUGAAGCAACGAGGAGCAUCCAAAAGUUUCACGGCAGAGUGCGAAGUCCUAAAAAACAUAAGGCAUCGGAACCUUGUUAAGAUUUUAACAGCUUGUUCCAGUGUCGAUUUCCAGGGCAAUGAGUUUAAGGCUUUGGUCUACGAGUUCAUGGAAAACGAUAGCUUGGAGGAGUGGUUGCAUCCGUAUCUUGCACCAAAUGGGACGCCAAGGCAUGGAUUAACUUUUGUUCAGAGACUAAACAUUGCUUUCGACGUAGCAUGGGCAGUGGAUUAUCUCCAUCAUCAGUGCCAAAUGGAGGUAAUUCAUUGUGACCUCAAACCGAGCAACAUUUUGCUAGAUGCCCAAAUGAAUGGACAUGUCGGUGACUUCGGCUUGGCUAGGAUAUUCCCAAACACCAUUGGUGAUUUGCCAGUGAGUCAAACAAGCUCAAUUGGACUUAGAGGAACCAUUGGCUAUGCUCCUCCAGAGUAUGGAAUGGGAAGCGAAGUGUCCAAAGAUGGCGACAUGUAUAGCUACGGAGUCCUGCUGCUGGAGAUUUUUACAGGAAAGAGACCCACCCAUGACAUGUUUAAGGAUGCUUUGAACCUUCACGAUUACUGCGCAGCAGCUUUGCCAGAAAGGGUGGCAGAGAUAGCAGAUCAGCAGCUCCGAUUUUGUGAGGCAGAAGAAUCAUCAAUUGCAGACACUUUGAGCAAUCAAAAAAGCGUAAGUGCUCAUGUUCAAGAGUGCUUGGUGAUGAUAUUUGAAAUUGGUGUUGCCUGCUCUGCAGAGCUGCCACGAGAGAGAAUGAAGAUAAGUGAUGUGGUGAGAAGAUUGCGUUCGCUGAAAGAGAGAGUCAACAAAAUGGGAUUCCGCUAG